AUGGUACCAAUAAGCUCGUCAAAAUUGAAUAGGAAACUGGCAAGCCGAGGCCUAACAAAAGAAGGACUACCUGCCCGAAAAUCUAUCGGUUGUCUUUUUCUCGGCAUAAUACUUGGAGUACUUUUAGCCGGAGUACUCUUUUACUCGUUGAUGAACGAAGACUGCAGGGAAAGUUCGAGGAAUAUAAUAAACAUUAUUGGACUGAAAAAUCUUCCAAAUUUAAACAAAAAUGCCACAUCGAUACUGGAUACUGCCGUAAAAAAGAUAGAAGACAAGGAUGGCGGAGCACUUACAGAAUUGAGCACAAUAGGCACACAAGAAACCCCUGAUGAAUUUAAUAAAGCCGAUAAUAGCUCAAUAGUUUCUACGCCCUAA